UCAGCUGAGUCUUCAGUAAAGAUACUAUAUAAAUUACAACCUCUGAUUGAGGCACAGUUGCCCAUCAAAACUGAAUCCUGAACUUGACAGCUGCAAUUUCCAUCUGAGAUUAAUACAAGUAAAGUACAAUCAUGGGAGAUGGUGAAAUGGAGUGUUUCGGCCCGGCGGCCAUUUACCUCCGGAAGCCAGAAAGAGAGAGACUCGAGGCUCAGACUGCUCAAUUCGAUGCCAAAACAGCAUUCUUCGUGACAGAUCCAGCUGAGAUGUACUUGAAAGGUACUCUUCUUAGUAUAGAGGCUGGCAAAGCUACUGUCAAAACUGACUGUGGGAAAACUGUCACCGUAAAAGAAGAUCAAAUCUUCCCAAGGAAUCCUCCCAAAUUUGACAAAAUGGAGGACAUGGCCAUGAUGACCCACCUGAAUGAGCCUUCUGUGCUGUUUAACCUCAAAGAGCGUUACGCAGCAUGGAUGAUCUAUACCUACUCUGGUUUGUUCUGUGCCACUGUCAAUCCAUACAAAUGGCUCCCAGUGUACGACGCAGUUGUUGUGUCUGGAUACAGAGGCAAAAAGAGGAUUGAAGCCCCACCUCACAUCUUCUCCAUCUCUGACAACGCCUACCAGUUCAUGCUAACUGAUCGUGAGAACCAGUCUGUCCUGAUUACUGGAGAAUCUGGAGCAGGAAAGACUGUGAACACAAAACGUGUCAUUCAGUACUUUGCAACUGUUGCGAUGGCUGGUCCAAAGAAGACAGACUCUGGCCCUGGAAAAAUGCAGGGAUCACUGGAGGACCAGAUCAUUGCAGCCAACCCUCUGCUGGAGGCUUAUGGUAACGCCAAGACUAUAAGGAACGACAACUCCUCUCGUUUUGGUAAAUUCAUCAGGAUUCACUUUUCGGGCACUGGUAAACUGGCCAAAGCAGAUAUUGAAACUUAUCUGCUAGAAAAGUCAAGGGUAACAUUCCAGCUGUCUGCUGAGAGGAGUUACCACAUCUUCUACCAGCUCAUGACUGGACACAAGCCAGAGCUGCUCGAGGCCCUGCUCAUCACCACCAACCCUUACGACUAUCCGAUGAUCAGCCAGGGUGAAAUCACUGUCAAGAGCAUCGAUGAUGUGGAGGAGUUCAUUGCCACAGAUAGUGCCAUUGACAUUCUGGGCUUCAAUGCUGAUGAGAAGAUCAGCAUCUACAAGCUGACAGGUGCGGUGAUGCAUCAUGGGGCCAUGAAGUUCAAACAGAAGCAGAGAGAGGAGCAGGCAGAACCUGAUGGCAAUGAGGCGGCUGAUAAAAUCGCCUACCUCAUGGGCAUCAACUCCGCUGACAUGCUGAAAGCUCUGUGUUACCCCAGAGUGAAGGUCGGGAAUGAGAUGGUGACCAAAGGCCAGACCGUACCACAGGUGAACAAUGCAGUCUCUGCACUCUGCAAGUCUGUCUAUGAGAAAAUGUUCUUGUGGAUGGUCGUCCGUAUCAAUGAGAUGUUGAACACGACGAAUCCUAGAGAGUACUACAUCGGUGUGCUGGACAUCGCUGGAUUUGAGAUCUUUGAUUAUAACAGCUUGGAGCAGCUUUGCAUUAACUUCACAAAUGAGAAACUGCAACAGUUCUUCAACCACACCAUGUUUGUUCUGGAGCAAGAGGAGUACAAGAAAGAAGGCAUUGAAUGGGCAUUCAUUGACUUUGGUAUGGACUUGGCUACCUGCAUUGAGCUCAUUGAGAAGCCAAUGGGCAUCUUCUCCAUUCUUGAAGAAGAGUGCAUGUUCCCAAAGGCUACAGACUCAAGCUUCAAAAACAAGCUGCAUGACCAGCAUCUGGGAAAAUGUUCAGCUUUCGAGAAGCCCAAGCCUGGGAAAGGCAAAGCAGAGGCCCACUUCUCUCUGGUGCACUACGCCGGCACUGUGGACUACAACAUUACUGGCUGGUUGGAGAAGAACAAGGAUCCACUGAACGACUCUGUCGUGCAACUUUACCAAAAGUCAGCACUCAAAGUGCUGGCCUUGCUGUAUCUCGCUGUGCCAGAAGCAGAGGGAGGUGCAAAGAAAGGAGGCAAGAAGAAGGGUGGUUCCUUCCAGACGGUGUCUGCAGUUUUUAGGGAGAACUUGGGUAAACUGAUGUCUAACCUGAGGAGCACUCACCCUCACUUUGUGCGCUGCUUGAUUCCUAAUGAAACCAAGACUCCAGGUCUGAUGGAGAACUUCCUGGUUAUCCACCAGCUCAGGUGUAAUGGUGUGCUGGAGGGCAUCAGAAUCUGCACGAAGGGUUUCCCCAGCAGAAUCCACUACGGUGACUUCAAGCAGAGAUACAAAGUAUUAAAUGCUGCUGUCAUCCCUGAGGGACAGUUCAUUGACAACAAAAAGGCUACAGAGAAACUCUUGGGCUCUAUUGAUAUUGACCACAACCAAUACAAAUUUGGACACACCAAGGUGUUCUUUAAAGCUGGUCUGUUGGGUACUCUUGAGGAGAUGAGAGAUGAAAAACUAUCAAGUCUGGUUACCAUGACUCAGGCUUUGGCCCGAGGAUAUGUAAUGAGGAAGGAGUAUGUCAAAAUGACGGAGAGGAGGGAGGCAAUUUAUUCCAUCCAAUACAACAUCCGCUCAUUCAUGAAUGUCAAACAUUGGCCAUGGAUGAAGGUGUACUUCAAGAUCAAGCCUCUUCUGAAGAGUGCAGAGAGUGAAAAAGAAAUGGCAUCAAUGAAGGAGAACUUUGAUAAAAUGAAAGAAGAUUUAACAAAGGCAUUAGCUAAAAAGAAGGAGCUUGAGGAGAAAAUGGUGUCACUUGUUCAGGAGAAAAACGAUCUUCUACUGCAAGUAACUUCUGAAUCUGAAAACCUCAAUGAUGCUGAGGAGAGAUGUGAAGGGCUCAUCAAAAGCAAGAUCCAACUUGAGGGCAAACUCAAAGAGACAACAGAGAGACUAGAAGAUGAGGAGGAAAUCAAUGCUGAACUGACUGCCAAGAAGAGGAAACUGGAGGAUGAAUGCUCUGAGCUGAAAAAAGACAUUGAUGACCUGGAGCUCACCUUGGCAAAAGUGGAGAAGGAGAAACAUGCAACAGAGAAUAAAGUCAGUAUAUAUAUAUAUACAUUCUACAAUAUGCUCAACCAAUCGUAG